CUCUGUGGUAUCGGGAAUUGUUACCUUAACCUCACUAAAUUGUUGUGAUUUGUAGAGAAAACACCAGAAAAAUUAUGUUUUCCCCAAAUUUGAGCGCGGUGAAGGCAGAAAGCUUUUCUGAAAUAAAACUGUAUUACGGAUGCGACAAAUGCUCAUUUAAGACAAAACUCUUGUCUAGGCUAAAAAGCCACGCAAAUCACAAAAACAUAGAUUUUAAUUGUUCAAGUGGCCUUGAACCUUACAAAUGUCACAAAUGUGAAACAUUUGAAACCCAAUUCCUGUCACAACUGCGACGUCACAUCGUUCAAGGUCAUGUGACACAAAAUGUCCAACCCACAAACAACAAAUGUCCCAAAUGUGAUUUCGAGUCAUUUUCGAAAUAUCUCUUUUUGAGACAUUCCCUUUUAACUGAACAUCAAACAAGUAGACGAGGAAAUAGGAGAAUUUUUAAAUGUACAAAUUGUGAUUACACAAGUAGAGAUUCGCGCGAUUUGAGAAGACACGUGAUCUCUAAACAUACCCAAGAUUCUGAGAUCGAAUGGUUGAAAUGUAAACAUUGUCCGUUUAAAAGUAAACACAAGUACAAUUUAAAAAAACACAUGGUGCAAAAACACGACCCUAAUUUCCGCUACUCGUGUCAAUUUUGUGAUUAUAAGAGCAAAAUGAAUUACCAUUUGCAACGACAUUUGAAGAGACAACACGAAUCAAAGAAAAAUAGCGAUUUAUUGGCUUUUAGACACGCCAUUUUCACCAAACAUCAAAUAAAGCGACCGGAAAAGGGGGGAGUUUUGAAAUGUACACAUUGUGAUUACGCAACUGAAUGCUCUUAUAGACUGAAACGACACUUAAUUUGUCGACAUACAGAUGAUUCUGAAAUCCAGUGGCUGAAAUGUGAACAUUGUCCUUUCAAAUGUAAGAUUAAAUAUCAAUUGAAAAUACAUGUAGUGGCAAAGCACACGUCGGCGUGUGACAUUAAGUACUUCCAAUGCGACCAAUGCCACUUCGAGACGAAAUACAAACACAGCUUGCAAAAACAUUAUAACAGACACGGGGCAAACCUGAAUUUAUUGUCAAAUAUACAGUGAUUCGAGUAGACUUAUUUUUUUAAACAAACACCCUAUAUUUCAAUUAGAAUAGACCGUCAACUGUACACUUGUGUAACGUUGGUUGCAUAAAAAUAAGAACUGCCUA